AUGCCGGUGAUGAGAGGUCUGAUCGCCCCGCAGAACACCUUCCUGGACACGAUCGCCACCCGUUUCGACGGAACCCACAGUAACUUCGUCUUGGGAAACGCCCAGGUCCAGUCCAUUUACCCCAUCGUCUACUGCUCGGAUGGCUUCUGCGAGCUGACCGGCUUUGCCCGCGGAGAGCUGAUGCAGAAGAGCUGCAUGUGCCACUUCCUGUGUGGCGCCGAGACCAGCGAUCGUCUCACGGCGCAGAUGCAGAAGGCCCUGGAUGAGCGCCGCGAGUUUAAGACCGAGAUCAUUCUGUACAAGAAAGGCGGCUCCCAGUUCUGGUGUUUGCUGGAUAUUGUACCCAUAAAGAAUGAGAAGAGCGAGGUGGUUCUGUUCCUGGUCUCUCACAAGGACAUCACCGAGAACAAGAAGGACCAAGACCACAGCAACGAAUCCGAAACUGAUGAGGAGACAGGUCUGGAGGUGCACAGGAUCAGCCGGCCCCCGGCCUUCUCCUCGGAGCGGCGGCGUAGCCGAGCCGUUCUCUACCAGCUCUCCGGCCACCUCCAGAAACAGGACAAGACCAAGACUAAACUCAAGAUCAACAAUAGUGUUCUUGGAGCCAACGCCAACCCAAUCCCCGAGUACAAGGUGGCGGACAUCCAGAAGUCCCGUUUCAUCCUCCUCCACUACGGCGCUUUCAAGGCCGGCUGGGACUGGCUCAUCCUCCUGGCCACGUUCUACGUGGCAAUCACCGUGCCGUAUAACGUGUGUUUCACCGCCGUAGAGAUACGAGAGGAUGGGCCGUCGGCGGCGCGCAACCCGCCCAGCGUCAGUGACAUCCUGGUGGAGAUACUGUUCAUGAUCGACAUCGUGCUGAACUUCCGGACCACGUACGUCAGCACAACUGGCCAAGUGGUAUACGACGCCCGCUGCAUCUGCGUUCACUACGUCACGUCCUGGCUGUUUGUGGACUUGAUCGCCGCCUUGCCCUUUGACCUUCUGUACGCCUUCAACAUCAGUGUGAAUUUCGGGGUGCACCUGCUGAAGACAGUGCGCCUGCUGCGGCUCCUGCGACUCCUGCAGAAGCUGGACCGGUACUCCCAGUACAGCGCCGUGGUUCUGACCCUCCUCAUGUCCACUUUUGCUCUGCUGGCCCACUGGAUGGCCUGCGUCUGGUACUUCAUCGGCCGCAGCGAGAUCGAGAGCAACAGCCCCAGCUCCUGGGAUAUAGGCUGGCUCCACGAACUGGCUAAGCGCCUGGGAACCCCGUACUUCCUGGCGCCACUUACCUCCCUGCUGGGGGUCUCCGAUUCGCCGCAGGGCACCAUGGCGGACAUGCCGUCCAAUCACAACCAGUGGAACGUCUCGGCGCCGGGCCCGCUGGGGUCGGGCCAGUGGAAUGCCAGCAGGCCCGCGGCAGAGAUGGCGAGGCCCCUGAAUAUCUCGGGGACGGCGCUGGGGGGCGGGCCGUCAGUGAGGAGCUCCUACGUGACGUCGCUGUAUUUCGCCCUCAGCAGUCUCACCAGCGUGGGCUUCGGCAACGUGUCAGCCAACACCGACUCGGAGAAGAUCUUCUCCAUAUGCACCAUGCUCAUCGGAGCAUUGAUGCACGCGGUGGUGUUUGGUAACGUGACAGCCAUCAUUCAGCGGAUGUACUCGCGCAGGUCCCUCUACCACACACGCACCAAGGACCUGAAGGACUUUAUCCGGGUGCACCGGCUGCCCAAGGCCCUGGAGCAACGCUUGAUGGACUGCUUCCAAACUACCUGGUCCGUCAACAAUGGCAUCGACGUCAGCGAGCUGCUGAAGGACUUCCCAGAUGAACUGAGGGCCGACAUCGCCAUGCACCUGAACAAGGAGCUGCUCCAGCUGUCGCUCUUCGAGUCGGCCAGUAGGGGUUGCCUGCGCUCCCUCUCCCUCAUCAUCAAGACCUCCUUCUGCGCUCCUGGGGAGUUCCUCAUCCGACAGGGGGACGCGCUCCAAGCCAUCUACUUCGUCUGCUCCGGCUCCAUGGAAGUCCUGAAGGACAGCACCGUGCUGGCGAUCCUGGGUCGCGGCGACUUGAUUGGCUCGGACUCCUUGACCCGGGAGGAAGUGAUUAAGACCAACGCCUGUGUCAAGGCCCUGACCUACUGUGACCUGCAGUACAUCAGCCUCAAGGGUCUCCGCGAGGUCCUCGCUCUCUACCCCGAUUAUGCCCAGAAGUUCCUCACCGAGAUCCAGCACGACCUGACGUACAAUCUUCGCGAAGGACACGCCGUAGAGGCGGACUGGGAGAGCAACGGCGGUCUCGUCAAGAAGCUCCCGUCCAUCAGGGAGGACGAGGAGGGGUCCGGGUCGGAGGGGGAGCACUCCCCCCUCCCCAAGAUCCCGCCCCUGGGGAGGCUGGGCCGAGGCCUGAGCUCGCCGCUGCGCUCCCCUCUGCGUUCGCCUCUCCUGCCCCCCCGGCCCUUCCGCCCCCCCAGCGACCACGUCCGGCCUGCCACCCUGCAGAUCCCCGUGGUCAGCUUCAGCUGCACGUCGCAGGACCUGAGCCCCCGGUUUGUGGAUGGGAUUGAGGCAGAAAGCAGAAGCGCCUCAGCACAAAAGUUUGACUUUAGUCCCACAGUAACCCGGACCUUCACACCCAGCCCUAGCCCGGGAGCCCUGGAGGAGGCUGAGACAAUGCAGACAAUAGCUAAACUGAAACAUGAGAUGAGCGUGCUCUCCCGCCAGGUUUCUACUGUCAGUCAGGAACUGCAGGAAGUGACACGUCUGCUCAAGCCCCUCUUCCACAACCCCCAAACCCUUCUGGUACCCAGCGGUGCCAUGACUCCACCCCCUAGUGUGUCAUCAGACAGCUGCUCCCCAGCCCCUCCCCUUCCCGCCCAAACCACUCCCCUCGACUGUGCAGGAGAGAAGGAUCUCCUUGGCAACCUGGCUCCAUCAUCUCCCCACCUGAGUACGACUGAGGUGUUGGAGCUGAGCAGUCUUCCCAGCCGAGGCCAGUUUGAUCCCCAGCUGGGCUCGCCCCCCUUACUUGCCCUGUCCAUCCCACCUCCUCAUUCGUUAACUCCUUGUCAGAGUACCACACUGCCCCCGGGCUCCCAUUACUCAGCUCCCCCGUCACUCAACAGCUCUCCGUGCGAGUACACCGCGGUGCCCCGCCCUUAUUCCUCCUCAUCCAUCUCCAUUCCCACUCUCUCUGCUCUAGCCCCCCCGCAACCCUCCACACUUACUUCCCUACCAAUGGACUUGGCAGCACCACCCGCCACACCACAACAACAGCUGAUGCCCCACCUGAAUACCCGGGGUCGGCCCGCUGUCCGGCACCAACCUCCCCUCAGGCCAGAGUCCCAGCCCCAGCUCCGCCAUCAGCCCCCCGACGGGGCGUCGUGCCCCCAGAGUCUUCUCAUGGACACGCACGAGGUGGGGUGGGGGGAACACAGUGCACAGUUCAGCUUCAUCGAUGAAGAAGGACCUGCAAUUUAA